AUGAUGUGCAGAACAGUUCACUAUCACGAUCAAGGCGGGGUGAGUAAGUCACGAAGGCCUGCAUGAUCCCUCCUGACCAGAAUGCAAUUUCUACUGGACUUUGCACUGACUUAAAGAGAGGUUUUUCAUUCUCGGGAUAACAAUAAAAUCGUGCAGAAACAUGCUGGUGGGUGUUAAGGAGCGCGGUUUGGCAGGUCAUGCAGGACGCAUGACUCAACCUUUGCCUGUCCCGAGCCCGUUAGGGAGUUGCAGCGGGGAGAAAAAGCCUGAGAAUAACAACCAGCAGCGCCAGGUUCAGGAGGAGGCAGAGGUCAUCAUGAUGGACAACAUGGAGAAGACUGAGGAACGCAAGGAGAAAGUGCAGGACCUUGACGAAAGGGCUGGGGAAUUGAAGAGCAAGCCCUUCCACAAGACCGCAAUGAAGGUGCAGAAGCAGAUGAAAUGUGACACCGUCAAGGCCUCCUGGAAGCUCAUUGCUGUUGUUGGAGCCAUGGCCGCCAUUAUCAUUAUAGUCGCCAUCAUUAUGUGGGUCAACAAAGAAUCGAGCCCUGAAAUCACACAUGAAAGUGUCAUUACCCCAAUGCACGAAAAUGGCAUUACACCAAUAACCAUUGGGCCUGGGAUUUAGGCUAAACCAGGACCAAUAUGGCUGAAGAGGAAACAAAUAGUGGACACUAAUCGAAAGAUACUACUAUCGGUCAAAGGUCCCCCCCCUCCAAGAAAAUUCUGGAGUUGAUGCUUUACUUGUUCUCAUACACCGAUAGGAUACUCCUACUUAUGCAUCAGGGAAGCGAUGUUAGGUGCAAAACUCAAAUAAUCCCAUUAUUCAGAAUAUUUUUGGGAUUAACAAUUACCUGUAAACUACCUGAUAAUAUUGAAAUCAGAAAUGGUAAGACAUUAGGGGUGAUGAGAUGGAUUGGAUCUAUUUCCUUUCAACAUAAUUUAUUAUGUAUUACUGGACUUCUUGGGAUACAUUCUAUUUUUUUUUCUUUAUUUAACAAGGCAAGUCAGUUAAAAACAAAUUCUUAUUUUCAAUGACGGCCUAGGAACAGUGGGUUAACUGCCUUGUUCAGGGGCAGAACCUUGUCAGCUCGGGGAUUUGAUCUUGCAGCCUUUCGUUUACUAGUUCAACUCUCUAACCACUAUGCUACCUGCCGCCCACAAUUAAGGUUAACCUGAAUAACCUCACAUAUUCAAUGAGACAAUUCAUUUACCAAACAGUUAUGUCCAGACAUAAAUGUGUUUUAAGAUAUUGGCUAUUAUUUUUACUGGAGGUACACACCUACCAUUUUCUAGAAGAUUCCUUAUAGGCUAGUUGAUAGAUGUCGCAUGUUGACAAAACAAAUAAGAAUUGCCAUAUUUUAACAUGCAACACAGACUAAAGUCCUCAUAUAAUGCUUUAAAAAAUUUUUACAUUUGAUUUAUAGUCACAUUAAAUAAUAGACAACAGCAAUAAUAUUUUUUUUUGCUGUAAGCUAUGGAGUUGUCACCCUUUUAUGUCACUUUUAAACAGUAAACAGGAACUCCCCAAUAGACAGCUGUCUUGUUCUUAGUAUAAUAAAAGUAUAAUAAAACACUUA